AUGGCUGCUUCACCUCGUCCGGGCCUCUUUGUCAUUGCCUCCGCCCGCAGACUGGAAGUGCUGGAAGGCUUGGCGGCCAAGGGCAUUGCCACCGUGGAACUCGAUGUGACGAACAAAGAGUCUAUCGUUAGGUGUCGAGAAGAGGUGUCCAAGAUCACCUCCGGCCGGCUGGAUAUCCUGGUCAACAACGCAGGCCGCACACACGUCGAAGCUGCCACAGACCUAGACAUGGAUGAGGUCCGGGCCACGUUUGAGACGAAUGUGUUUAGCGUCAUGGCCAUGUGCCAGGCCUUUGUGCAGCUGCUGAUCGAGGCGCGCGGCCUGAUCAUCAAUAUCGCGUCGAUCGCAUCCAUUGCGCCGUAUGCUUUCGCCUCGGCCUACUCGGCCUCCAAGGGCGCCGUCAUCGCGUACUCACGCACGCUGCGGCUAGAACUGCGGCCCUUUGGCGUCCGCGUGACCGUCGGCAUGAUCGGCACGGUGCGCUCCAACAUUGCCAGCAAGCCGCGCUCACUGCCAGCCGACAGCCUCUACCUGCCCAUCGCCGACGUCUUCGAGCAGCGGCAGACCUUCAGCCAGACGAACAAGACCAUGGAAACAUCCGAGUUUGCGCGCCACCUGGUAGCUGCUGCCCUGCGGCCAGAAGCACCGCUGUUCCUGCGCAGCUGGUUCGGCCGGCCCGAUUGGUUCUGGUGUGGUGGCAUGGCCACUGUUGCAUGGCUUGGCACCGUCCUGGGCGAAUGGGUGGUCGAUGCGUCGUGUUGGAGGCUGUUUCGCCUGUGGAAGCUCAAAGAGAUUGUAGACCAGAAGCUGAAGAAAGCAUAG